AAAAACUUCCACGUAUUAACUUAGAAAAUAACCCCUGGAAUGAACCCAUUGAAGAAUUUUUUGAUGAACCUGAAAAUUUAAUAGAAAAUAUUAAUGAAGAAUUAUAUACCAAUAACCAAAAUAAAAUAAUUGAAUCCAGAAAAGCAGAACUUAAUGAGGAUAAAAAGAUGUUUGAAUCUUUAUUAACAAUCGUUUCAGAUAAUAUUCAAAAUGACUCUUUUUAUAGUACCUACCAAAAACUAAAACAAUCUUUAAUAGCCGAAACAAUUGCUUGUCAGGAAGCUUUACGGGCUAAACAUCAACAAAAAACUUGGCAUCCCCCUCAUAGAUCUAAGCUUGCUUUUUGGUUACAGUAG